AUGGUUUGUCUUGAUGAACUACCAACAGAGAUACUCAAAUGUAUAUUCGAAUUUACGCCUUCCUAUACUCAAAAGGUAUUACUACGUACAAGUCAUCGCUUCAACGCCAUAACUGCCCCGAUAUUCUACCGCAAUGUUCUGCUCUAUGUCAACCCUGAGAGACGGUAUUUUCCUCAUACCCACCUUUCUCUAUUUUUCCGCACCAUUCGAAACAAUCGAAAUUUAGCUCACUGUGUUCGUGAAUUGAGAGUUGGAGGUGCUACACCACGGACUCUUAAGAUUGAGUUUACUGUUGAUGAAAUUGAUGAUGAAGAAGAACUACGCGACGCAGACGUGGAUGGCUGGGUGUUUAGAGCCGUUCCUCGUCCAAAACCAGAAAUGCGUCAAAGCGGAGGAAAGCAAAUCUACAAGUCAUGCAACGGUGAUUUGGUCAUGGCUGUGAAGAUUGGCAGGCUUAAGAAUCUCGAAAUCCUUGACUUGGCAUAUGGCAUCUGGUCGAACUCGACUGCUAUACCCGUGGUCUUCAUGAAGCAGUGUCUGAAGCGUUUGAAAAAGGUGAACCUCGAUAUCCAGCCGAUCAAUCCUUCACAGCCCAUGGCCCAUGAGUUCUGGACUGUUCUCAAUGGGGUCAAAGGUCCGAAAUCAAUUGAUCGAGUCGAUUUACAGCAUUUAUUGAAUCUGCCACACAUCGAAAGCAUUGCUUGUGUCGCUGCAGAUUGCAAGUUCAGCAGCAGCGACGAGGAUGAGGAUGAGGAGGAAUUCGACGAGGAAUUCGGUCCGAUAGAACAGCCGUGUAAGAACCUAACCUGUCUACGUUUUCAAGGGAGUAGAUUGUCACAAUCAACGCUUGGUACAAUCUUAGAAGCUGCACCGAGGCUUCGGAUACUGGAAUAUGAAUUCUGGAUCCACACGAAUGCCAACGGAGGGUUUGCACAGUAUCUUGACUGCGAGCAGAUGGAUACCAUCCUGGAACCCGUGCGGGAUACACUACAGCAGCUAUCCAUUAAUAUUGAUUACGCCGAGCAAUUGGCCCCGACUACGACCGUAAGUUGGGGGGGACGAGGUACAAUGCAGUCUCUAGCUACCUUCCCACAAUUAACCAGUAUUGAGAUUCCUCAUACAUUCCUUCUUGGCUGGAGUCCUGAUAGGAGUGGAAUUCGUCUUGUCGAUGUGUUACCGCGUUCACUAGAGUCCCUCAUCAUACUGACUGGGAAACUGUAUUAUUUUGAAUCAUAUCAGUGGGAUCCUGGUGCAAUAUUCGAUCGAUUGUAUGACUUUGUUGUUAAUAGAAAUACGCAUACACCAGUCCUGAAGCUGAUCGAAGUGCACAGCCUUGGAGGUCAUAGGUUUAUGUCGCAUUACUCGCAAUUGAGGCGCGCAAGUGACGAGAAUGGGAUUCGUCUACGGAUAGAUAGCUAUGACGGAUAUUACAAUAUAUUUGUCCGUCCAAGGACUCAAAAUCGGCCUCGGGGAGAUUUCACAUGA